UGGCUUCCGUCCCGGCGAGGCUUGAUUGCGUCACUUCCUGAUGGAGCGACGAUUGGUCACAGCGCAGGAGAGGGCGUGGCGCCAGAAUUUUACCUCAGAACUAGCACGAAGGCUGUUUUUCCCCCGCUCAACCGUUAGGCUAUGGCAGCGAUCAAGGCCAUAAACUCCAAGGCUGAAGUGGCGCGGGCCCAGGCGGCCUUGGCUGUCAACAUAUGCGCCGCCCGAGGGCUGCAGGAUGUGCUGAGGACCAACUUGGGUCCUAAGGGCACCAUGAAAAUGCUUGUUUCUGGUGCCGGUGACAUCAAACUCACCAAAGAUGGCAAUGUACUGCUUCAUGAGAUGCAAAUUCAACACCCAACAGCUUCCUUGAUAGCAAAAGUUGCAACAGCACAGGAUGACAUCACAGGAGAUGGUACUACUUCAAAUGUUCUAAUUAUUGGAGAGUUAUUAAAACAAGCUGAUCUUUACAUUUCUGAGGGCCUGCACCCUAGAAUAAUAGCAGAAGGAUUUGAAGCUGCAAAGAUAAAAGCACUUGAUGUUUUGGAGGAAGUUAAAGUAAAAAAGGAGAUGAAAAGAGAAAUCCUCUUAGAUGUGGCUAGAACAUCUCUACGGACGAAAGUUCAUGCAGAACUGGCUGAUGUGUUAACAGAGGCUGUGGUGGAUUCCGUAUUGGCUGUUAGAAGACCAGGUUACCCUAUUGAUCUCUUCAUGGUGGAAAUAGUGGAGAUGAAGCAUAAAGCAGGAACAGAUACACAGUUGAUCCGAGGAUUAGUUUUGGAUCAUGGUGCCCGUCAUCCAGAUAUGAAAAAGCAAGUAAGAGAUGCAUUUAUUCUUACUUGCAAUGUGUCACUAGAAUAUGAAAAAACAGAGGUGAACUCUGGUUUCUUUUACAAGACUGCAGAAGAGAAAGAGAAAUUGGUAAAAGCUGAAAGGAAAUUUAUUGAAGAUAGAGUACAAAAAAUAAUAGACCUCAAAGAGAAAGUCUGUUCUGAGACCAAUAAAGGAUUUGUUGUCAUUAAUCAAAAGGGAAUUGAUCCAUUUUCCUUAGAUGUUCUUGCAAAACAUGGAAUAGUAGCUCUUCGUAGAGCCAAAAGAAGAAAUAUGGAAAGACUCUCUCUUGCUUGUGGUGGAGUGGCUGUGAAUUCUCUUGAAGACCUAAAUGCAGAAUGCUUGGGACAUGCUGGUCUUGUAUAUGAGUACACACUAGGUGAAGAAAAGUUCACUUUUAUUGAGGACUGUGUUAACCCUCGCUCUGUCACCUUGUUGGUCAAAGGACCAAAUAAGCAUACUCUUACACAAAUCAAGGAUGCCCUAAGAGAUGGACUUCGUGCCAUCAAAAAUGCCAUUGAAGAUGGUUGUGUGGUUCCAGGGGCUGGUGCAGUUGAAGUGGCAAUAGCUGAAGCUCUUGUUAAGCACAAGCACAGUGUAAAGGGAAGAGCUCGUCUUGGAGUCCAAGCUUUUGCUGAUGCCUUACUCAUUAUUCCCAAGGUUCUGGCUCAGAAUUCUGGUUAUGACUUGCAGGAAACACUAGUAAAAAUUCAGGCUGAGCAUUCAGAAUCAAAGCAACUGGUUGGCAUAGAUUUGAAUACAGGGGAGUCAAUGGUACCAGCAGAUACAGGAGUUUGGGAUAAUUAUUGUGUGAAAAAACAACUUCUUCACUCUUGCACAGUGAUUGCCACCAACAUUCUCCUGGUUGAUGAAAUUAUGCGAGCUGGGAUGUCUUCUCUCAAAGGGUGAUGAAAUGAAAUCCAACUCUUCUGGAAGACAAUUCAGGGCAUCUGACAUUCAACUGUUGUUGGAUAGCCUGGGCCAUUCUUAAUUUUUACAAAAUAAAUGUAGCUUAUAUAUUAUGGUUUAAAUCGUCUCAAAGAUCAUCAAAUUAUAAAGAGCCCAAGAAAUGUUUUCACAGUAAAAGGAUAUAAUGGAAAAUUUUUUUUCAGAGUCCUAACUCCUUACUCUGUGUUUUGUAAGCUAUUGCAAUUUUUAUAAAAUAGAAUCUAUUAUGAUUGUUAGAUAUUUUGUGAUAACUUUUAAUUAUUCAAAUAUGCAGCACAGGUUUUAGAAUCUAAAUCAAUUCCCCAUUUAUCAGAGGGUAUAAACGUAGUAAGACAAACUGUUUACUGUCUUGAAAGUCCUUCAGUAAAUUCUUGUUGCUACUCUUUCCUUUUAUAAAUAUAGCAUCACUUUAUGGAUUGCAUUGAUUUACAUUACCUGAUAUUUAUUUAAUAGAUAUCUUAUAUUUUACCUGGCUCUUUUGUGUAUUUGAUUUUAUGUGUGAUCAACAACUUAGGUUACUGUGCUAAUUCAGAUCUGAAUAUAUAAUGAAGUACUUUCACCUGAAAAGGUAGAUAUUGUUAGCAUCAAUUCUUUAAAUAAUUGUUUUGGGCUUUGAAUGCCUCUGUUUUUUUUGGUUCUUUUUAGUUGUGCAUGACAGUAGAAUGUAUUUUGACAUAUUACACAUACAUUGAGUAUAAUAACUUCCCAUUCUUUUUUAAGUUAUUUUUUAGUUGUUAAUGGACCUUUAUUUUUUAUUUAUUUAUAUGUGGUAUUGAGACUCAAACCCAGUGUCUCACACAUACUAGGCAAGCGCUGUACCACUGAGCCACAACCUCAGCCCAUAACUUCCCAUUCUUGUAGUUGCACAUAACGUGGAGUUACACUGAUCAUGUAUUCCUAUAUUAACAUAGGAAAGUUAUGUCUGAUUCACUCUACUAUCUUUCCUCCCAUCCCCCUCCCUUCCCUUCAUUCCCCUUAUAUAGGUAUUACAGUAAUAUCUUUCAUGUUCCAAACUCUAGAAUUAAUCUAUUAUACUUUUUAAUUGUUGUUAGGUUCCUUUUGGUUAACUUUUCAUGGGUCUAAGGGAUUAAAAUAUGGUAGGUACAUUAAUGGAUCUUUGAUCUAUUUGUGCAUGUAGGUUUCCCCUAGUUUAACACCUAUAAUUUUAUAGUCAUUUUUUUUCACUUGAAAUGUUGUCAAUAUCUUUCCAAGUCAAUAAUUAAACUUCUGAACUGUCUUACGUGGCAUUUCAUUGUAUGGUUACACUUCAAUUUAUUUUGAAAAUAAAUCAAACAAUAUCCUAUUUCUAUUAUAAAUUUUAUGUUUAUAAAUAAUAUAAUUCUAUUUUUAAUUUUUUUAUUAUAAACAAAGAUCUCCUUUUUAAACCUAUGCCUUAUUCUGUAGUAUAGGACUUUUAAAAUGGACAUACCAUGCAUAUUGCUGGACCUUUUCUAUGUAAAAUGUUUAAAUUAGGAAAUAUUUAAAAUGUAGAAAAAGGAGAGCAAAUAAUAAACACUUUGUACCCUUUACCUAGCUUUAAUCAAUAGUAACAUUUUGCCAUGUUUGUUUUUGAUUUUCUUUUUAAGAAAUUAAAGUGUGAAUGUUAAUUAAAGCAUCAUUUUUAACCACUCAUA